AUGGUAUCGCUUGAACAGGCUUUCGAAGAGGCCUGUAACACCGGCAAAAUCCCACAUGCUGUGCUCGCAUCUUCGAACAAGGACGAGAGCUUCACGUACCUCAGAGCGUUUGGUUUCAAAACUCUCUCCGAAGAACCCAAACAAGCCAUCAAAAAUGAUGAUAUCAUGAUGAUCUUCUCAUUGACAAAACGCAUGACUUCAAUCGCAGCUUUGCAAUGUGUCGAACGUAGCUUGAUCCAGCUGGACGAUGACGUCGCUCAGAUAUUGCCUGAUUUGGCAGCAUUGGAGAUUCUGGAGGGCUACAAUUCCGACACAAGAGACCAUCUUCUUACUCACUCGUCCGGCCUCAUUUACGAGGGCUUGAGUCCCCUGCAUCGACAAUAUAACAAAGCUAUGGGCCGACCGAAGGCCCUGGACGGUCCCACCAUCACAACCCGUUACACCAGUCCUCUCCUUUUCGAGCCUGGGACCAGCUGGGGGUACGGAACCGGCCUCGACUGGGCGGGUUUGCUCGUCACGCGUCUGACAAAAAUGAAUCUUGAAGAAUACAUGAAAGAACAUAUCUGGAGUCCCCUGGGAAUUCACGAUGCAACAUUUUGGCCAGAGAAGAAUCUAGAUCUCAGCAAGCGUAUUGCUGAGAUGGCUCUUCGUGACCCCCCCCCGCCGUUGCUGACGCCAAGGGGAAAAUUAUUCCUUAUGCCGGGCCUUCUAUGCUUGGAACUUACACUGAAGAAAUGGAUUUUAAAGAGCAUUCUUGUUGAUGACGGCAAGCUGCUGAGUCAGAGAAUGGUAGAAAUGAUGUUCACGCCUCAGCUCUCAUCCCAAAGCCGAGCAGCUAUUCAAAAAGUAUUUAGUAUCAGAGAAGCCAGCAGGAACUAUAUUGCAGAAUAUAUUGAAACUGCUCCAUAUGACUGGGGAUUGGGAGGUAUGUUGACGUUGGACAACGUUGGCUGGGCAAGACGCAAAGGAACCAUGACAUGGAGUGGAUUACCAAAUUUGUUUUGGUUCAUCGACCGCGAAGCCGAUCUCUGCGGUGUUUACGGUGGGCAAGUGCUCAUGAAUGGUGAUCCACAGACGUUCUGA